AUGUUGAUGGUAUAUUGGAGGAAUAGCUUUAGCUGCUUUGAUAUCAUUUUCAGUCCUUGCUCAACGUGGAUUCUUGAAGGAGCAACAUUUCAUCAACUAUCUGAAGUAUCUGCUUUAUUGGAAACAGCCGGAAUACGCAAGAAUAAAAAAACUUCCAAACCUAAGAAAGCUUUAAAAUAUCCUCAAUGUUUGCAUUUACUAGAGUGCCUUCAAUGCCCAAACUUUCGUGAAGCCCUCACUUCAGGUAUCUUAGGAUAA